UCUAAGCAUCAAACACUUUCUAUUCAGUUCCUUUGAAAUCACUGUUUUCACAACAAAUAAGGAUCAGACAUAAUGGGUUUCGGCUUCAUCGGGUUUCAAAGGCGUGUGAAAAUUCCAAAGGGCAGUGUAGCAGUGUAUGUAGGAGAAAACCAGAAGAAGCGUUUUGUGGUUCCCAUAUCAUACUUGAACCAACCUUCUUUCCAAGAGUUGCUGAGUCAAGCUGAGCAAGAAUUUGGAUUUGAUCAUCCAAUGGGUGGCCUCACACUUCCUUGCAGAGAAGAUGUCUUCCUUCAAGUCACUUCUCGCUUGCACAGGCGAUAGACAGAUUUCAUACUCAAGUGUCAAUAAGAAUCAACUAAUUGUUUCUGUAGAAAUGAAAAAAAUUUAAACAUGUAUAUACUUUUUUCAUCUUACAAUUUUGUUCUCCCGGAAAGAUAUACUGUAAAAGAAAGCUAUGAAUACAAGAUUAUCAGAGGUUUUUUCUUCGCAUAAAUUAUGAGAUUGCUUUCUUUCAGCUGAACUUUUAU